AUGGCUUGUUGGUCUCCUGAAAAUGCUACCAGAGCUUAUCUACAAUCUCUCAAAAUGGGUAAAAGAGGCAAGGAGCCUGAUGUUACCGAGUUCAUAUCAGCUCUUGCAGCUGGAAAUAAUGCACAGCUCAUGGUGAUGGUAAGCUCAAGCUUUGUUGCAUCUACUGCACUAGCUUUAGUUGCAGCAGCACAUCAAACUGGGGGUCGCGUUGUGUGUAUUAUUUUAAAUGGACUUGACGCCGUUAAUUCUUCCAAAGAUGUACUCGGCUCUUACGCAAAUUCCAUUGAAUUUGUUGCCGGGGACGCACAAAACCUGCUGAUAAACCAGUACAAAGGUGCAGAUUUUGUGCUUAUUGAUUGCAAUAUUGAUAUUCAUAAAGGGAUAUUUAGAGCCGCACAGGAGAGUACAAAGCAGGGAGGGGGAGUUAUGAUUGUAGGAUACAAUGCCCAGCAUAAAGGUUCGUGGAGUGAAUUCAAUACUCAGUUUUUACCCAUUGGAGAUGGUCUGCUUGUGACCAGAUUAACUGCAUAUCAGAAGGUUGGUGAUGGCGAUGGCAAUGGCGAUGGAGUGGUUAAAGGAAGAAGAAGGAGUCGUUGGGUUGUUACGGUUGAUGAAUGCACAGGCGAGGAGCAUGUUUUUAGGAUCACCUCAACCCAUCAAAGAGUAAUCCAAGCUUAA